GACACCUGUGAUUCACUAUAGUAGCUCGCUGCUCGGUACAGUCGUCAUUCGCGAUUUGCGAAUAAGUUUGCAGAGGCCGGUUUUCAUUUUAUAAACUUACCAACUCACGUCUCACUGUUCAAAUUUUACAGUCCUCUGCUGAUAACCGUGUGUUGUAGACGUGUUGCGUAAUAUACUGGAAUUGAUAUUAUAGUGACGUCGCGUCGGCCCGUGCUUAUCUGAUUUAACCUUGACUACUGUUAUACUUCCGUUUCAAGAAUACACAAUGGCCCUUGAACGACCAGACUUCGAAUACAGAGAAGAAACUCACAAGGAACGAUUAGCAAGAAAAUCCAAAGAGUCGCCUUUUAUGGUAAUCGGAUUAGCUGGUCUCGCUGCUGCUGUGGGAUAUGGAGGUUACGCGUACAAAAAUCGUGGAGCAAUGAGCACCAGCGUGUUCCUCAUGCAGUUCCGUGUAAUAGCACAGGGAACUGCUGUCGGAGCUCUCACUGUUGGCAUGGCUUACACGCUCUACAGAAAUCAUUUUGCUAAGAAACCAGAAGCAAUCGAAGAAAGCGUUUUAGGAACUGAGCAUUAAUGAGCACGCAUAAAUUUAGAGAUAAAUUAUUGAGCUAGUUUAUUUAUACAGUUAUUGAUAUAUCAUGUGAAAUACUAAGUAUUAGAAUAUGCUUUGUAUUACGAGGUGUAAGAGUAAGCUUGAACAGAGCACUUGAUUGUUUUGAAAUAAUUAAAGUAUGCAUUUACUGAUAUGUGAUACAAACAUUUAUGUGAAAUAAUGUGAAACUUUUGAAAGUUUCAAUACAAUUAGUUACUUCUACAUAAAUGUGUUAAUUAUACAAUAAACUUC